AUGGAUGACCUUGCUGGGCUUAACUGGACAUCGUCCGCUAACCCUGCCACAAAGCAGUCCCCAUUCGCUGCCACACCGUCACUUGCACCUGGAAAUUACACAUCAUUCCGCUCGUCGCCUUCGCUCACACCCCAAUCCACGACCCCAAGUAGGCCGGCAUCCACUAAACCGCCUACGGCCGGGAACCUCCGAGAUGACGGCUCUCGAACCUCGCCGCCCGUUGCUGGUGGCACCAAUGGCAUGGAUAGCUUCUCCUCCUUGGUUAGCUUUGGAGCUAAAAAAUCUGGCAAUAUGGGUAACAUGAGCUUGCUGGAACAACAGAAGAAGCUACAGGAAGACCGGUUGAAGGCAGACCAUCUAAAGCAGCAGAAGCUAGACCAACAGUUCAGUGGAUUGGAUUCUCUUGGGUCCUUAGGGGUUGGCCCUCAUGGGCGGUCCGGUACUUCAACUCCAGCGCGAAUUGAUCCAGAGGAAGCAGACCUGCUUGCUGGAUUCUCAGCAGAUACCAAGGUCAACAGGGCCAGCCAUUUCCCUCCUCCUUCUGCUACGCCGCCAGCGCAGACGCCUUCACCAAUGCCCAGCAGACUUACUCCUAGUCCUCAACCUUAUCGAAGCCAACUGAACAAUUCUUCCACGGUAUCUAUUACCAACGAUGACCCCUUUAGCUUAGACAGUUUUGGCGGUAAUUUACACUCUCAGCGACCACAAGCGCCUCCUGCCGACGAUGACGACGAUAUCCUUGGGCUGUUGGGCAAACCUGUAUCAGAAGUCAGGCGGAAAUCGCCGUCACCUCCUCCAAAACCUGCGCGUCCUUCGCGACGGCCUGAAAACGUCGAGGAGCUGCACAGCGUGGCCCGAACGCCGCCCCCUGGCAAAGACCCUCGAGACCCGGCAAUAGCUGAGCUAUUGGAUAUGGGGUUCUCAGUUGAAGAUGCAAAACGAGCCUUGGCACAAACCGAUACAGGCCUUGAUGUGCGUGGUGCAAUAGACUAUUUAUUGAAUGAGGCUCAUGGAAAGCCUAAGCCGAAGAACCAAGGUCCUAGUCAUAGAAGGAUGGGCGAAGAUGAAUUCGCCGGGUCGAACCGUCGGCAGACUCGAGAAAAGCAAGGGAGUACGCGGCCGACAUGGCAAGGUCAAGGAGAAAUGCAAGACGUCGCAGCUUUUGCGCAAGAGAUUGGUGGAAACCUAUUGAAAUCUGCGGGAAGUUUGUGGGCGACAAGCAAGAAAAAAGUUACACAGGCGAUAAAUGAUUUCCAAGACGAUAACCCUAAUGACAAUACACCAAAAUGGAUGAAAGAAGCCCAGAGGGAGCAAAGAAGCAGUUCAGGCAGAAGACAGGAGACACGCCAAACGGAUGAAGCUAUGAUGCUCGAUAUGGGGGAUCCGAGGAAAGGGAAACCGUCUCCUCGCUCACAUAGAGAACGCAUGCCAAUGUCUCGGGAAGAAGAAGAGUUUGCAGAAGAGCAGCACCGAAGACAACAGGCAAGAGAGGAGCGAGAGAGGCGUCUUGAGUCCGAGCAGAAACCUGGACCUCCAGUCGAUACUAGAAGGUCAAGAAUCACUCGGGAAGCCACAGAAAGCGAGCAGGUGUAUAUUAGCCCUUCCCGACGGCGCAAGCCUGCCGCUGCACCAGCACCUCCGCCAAAACCACAGAUCACUGAAGGGGAUCUACUGUUCGGUGCAUCAAACUCGCAGCCUAAAGCCUCGCAGCCUAGGGCCUCUCAGCCUCCACAAACUUCAUCACCAUCUCGCUCGAGCAACCCAUUUUCCCAGCAGAAGCCGAACCCUAUCCCUCAAUCCAAACCAGCUCCGGUGCCAGUCCCUCGCGUCAAUCGGCAGAUCCCAUCGAUAUCUCAAGUAGCUCUCGCGAACUCAACGAACUCGAGAACCGCUGGCACAGAAGCUUUCAAGCGUGGAGAUUACCCGUCAGCUCUAACUCAUUAUAGUUCAUCUUUAUCCCCUAUUCCGCCGUCUCAUCCUCUUCACUACCUAAUUCUCACAAAUCGGGCGAUUGUCCAUAUCAAACUCGGGGACUCAAAAGCGGCCUUAGAAGAUUGUGACGCUGCCAUCACAGGAAUAGGCAGCGGCAAGGGGGUUGGCGAGACGUUCGACAUGGGAGACGGGACGACAAAGGACCUAAAGGAAACUUGGGGGAAAGCCAUCACUCGAAAGGCCGAGGCACUUGAACAUUUGGAAAGGUGGUCGGACGCAGCUGCUAUCUGGAGCCUUGCCCUUGAAAAUGGAGUAGGUGGGGCUUCUGCCAGUACUGGAAAAGCAAGGUGUGAAAAGGCUCUUGCUCCAAAGGCCCCCCCCAAACCCCGAGCGGUCCCAACGAAGAAACCACCACCGAGGGCCCCAUCAAAGCCGGUUGCUGCGCAGGUCACACAAGCUGUCAAGCGUCUAAAAGACGCUAACGAAGCUGCAGAAAGAGCUGAUGCCGAGAAAUUGGCACUUCACGAUUCUGUCGAAGCCCGGCUUUUGGCGUGGAAGGGUGGUAAAGAAACGAAUCUGCGUGCUUUGAUUGCGAGUCUAGAUACUGUGCUAUGGGAAGGCAGCGGGUGGAAGAAAGUGGGAAUGCAUGAGCUUGUGAUGCCGAACAAAGUCAAAAUUGCAUACAUGAAGGGUAUUGCCAAAGUGCACCCUGACAAGAUUUCACAAGAUGCCACAGUGGAGCAGACCAUGCUUGCUGCAGCGGUAUUCAGUACUCUCAACGAGGCAUGGGAUGAAUUCAAGAAACAAAAUAAUUUAUGA